GUUGGUGUAGCAUGUAACAGCAAAAUCGCUGCCUGUUCCCCAAGCGACUCGACUGGAGACCGUUGCAAGGAUAUCAAGACAAAGAGAGAGUGUCUGAUCUCGAGAACUGCUUCAACUCUGAGAAAUCAGUGACAGAUGCGGGUAGUAUGCCCUACUCAGAGUACAAGAACAAAAUGUGUGACACCAUGACAGACGCCAAGAGCUGCUUUCUGAAAAAGAAAAACGACGCCGUGUGCACACAGAAGGAGUAUGAGAGCUUCCAAAGUUCCGUGUGCCCACCGUCAGCUGCCGCCACAACAACCACUGCUUGGUUUCUCUUACCUCUGGCUGCACUAACACAGUAUCUCAGCAGACAACUUUUCUGAGACUGGGGUAACAAGAUGCCGCUUCCUCCCCCGCCCCGUAUUUUUACCUUACCCUGUUAUUGCAUUGGUCUGUUAUAGAUUCCGAGCUGCUGUGCCUGGAGACCAUUUUCUACUUUCCUAUAGCUUUUACGUGUUUAAUAGUUAAGAUACUAAACAGGCUUUCUCUUGCCAGUAACGCAUCUUUUGUGUUACUUUCAUGGGUGUAGGCAUGAGACAUUAUUGCUUGUUUCAUACACUUUGCUUCAUAUCUUACCAUAACAUUUUAUUUGCAAUAUAAAUAUUGAAUUUUGUCCAAUAUUAUUUAUAAGAUAGGGAGCUCUUUCAUUUAAGUACGAAAAAUCCUCCUCUACAGUCUAACGUACGGCAUAUUUUGUUCUAAAAAAACUGCGCACUCAGUACUUUUUGUAGUGCGUGGCAUAAUUUGGAUACAAGGAGCAAAGGGACAUUGUUCCAUGAACCAUUUUACUUCAGAAACAAAACAAAAAUGUGUUCUCAGCACUGGUGGCAACAUCUACAUUACCCAAUGGAGGACUCUUUUUUCAGAAGUGACGUACCUUGUAUACAUUUCUUGGCCUUAGCAACGGAUAUCUCUUCCGGCCUUUAUCCCUCCUAGAUUUAGAUCUAUUCUUAUCCGGUCUUAAGUCCCAGCUAGUUUAUUGAUGUUCGGCACAUUUUUGAAAGGUAUUCCGUUUAGAGGUUCUUCAUAUUGUGAAAAGCAGCUUCUGUUUGUGCCAGUUUCAUUUUAUAUAAUGAUUAUUUAGAAAAAAACCCCCACAAAACAAAAUGUUAUUCGCAUUAAUGGCUGUGAUGUUUAUGCAAUACACCGAGGACCUCCUGCAGCUAAAUUUAAGAAGUUCUCAGAUCUUUCGCUGGACGUCCUAUUCGAAGGUACGAGGCAGGCAAUAUUUUUAGUGGAGUCUAGUGUAGGGCUUUUCGGUAAGAGUAAAUUUCGAAGCCCCACUGCCAACCAAUCUCUCCUUCUGAACUCUUUCUGGACGUAUCGCCUAUAUAUUGGCAGUGAUGGGGUGCGUCAGUAUUGUUUCGUUUUAACAUGAUCCGUCAUUUAUAAUUACUGUGUAUUGUUAUUGAAAACUUGGAAAAGAUUUAGGAAACAAAAAUAUCUACUUUCACUUUUCCGUUUCCAAGGGCUCUCAGGCUCUGGGAAGAGUUAAGAUGAGAAAAAAUGUAAACAAUGCAGUUCCGAGUAGAACAUUCCAGUAUUUCCAGUUUCCUUUAAUUGUCAACACGUUCACCCCCAGUUGAGUCAUCUUGUUCCAUGUUCAAGAGAAAAGUCUUCAGAUAAACAUUACAACAUUUUCUCUAGGUUUGUUAAAAACAACAAUAAACAACAACAAAACAAUCUGAAAAAAA